AACACCGAAGACAAACGGUAUCAACGAAGUGUGGAGCGACAUCUCUGGCUUCCAAAAUCCAAACAGUUUCCUUCGCAAUGCGGACUCAUCUUUCGUGGUCUCGGGUACAGAUCUGACGGAGGCCAGGGCGGUAGUCGUUUCAUCAGAUUCCAAUGACAACUGGGGUUUCAAGCGCACUGUUGCUUGUUAGCAGUCUUUUGUAGUCGAAGAGUCCUUUGUUUUGGAAGUUACCGAGUCAAUCACAUCACUGCGCCCAGUGUUGGAUCCCCAAAACUGUUCAAUCGUGCGACCUAUACAACUUGCCGAGGAGUGGAGAUGGCGCUUGAUCCAUUCGGUUAGAGACCGCCAUCAUGCUGGAGCGUAACCGACCAUGUCCCCUCUCAUGGUGAUGCUCCAUUUGUCGAUCCAUCUUGACAGAUAUCCACCCUCAGGGGUAUGACCCCUCCUCGGGUCACCGCCAGCAUGCCCUACCGGUACUUGUACACAGUUUUCUCGAGAACCAUCCAGUUCUCUACUGGCCCUACUCACUUACACGAGACAAUGGCAGCCACCACCACAAUCGAGGUGCCCCAUAUGGGCGGCAUCCAAGCCGGCUACGCCCUCUCGGGCCCGGGGGGAGCAUACGACCCAUCCAAGCCGACCUGCGUGCUGAUCAACUCCAUGUGCACGACCGUGUCUCUGUACAAGGACCAGUUCGCCGACGAGGAGCUCACCUCGGCCAUCAACCUGCUCGCCAUCGAACCCCUCGGCCACGGUGCCACUAGCUUGCCAUCCUCCACCGAGCACUUCACCUACUGGGACUCGGCCAUCAUGGCGCUGCAGGUGAUGGACAGACUCGGGAUCCGCGAGGCUUUCGCCUUGGGCACCAGUCAGGGCGGGUGGAUCGUGACCCGCAUGGCGCUGCUGGCUCCAAGAAGGAUCCUAGGCUUGCUGCUGCUGGGGACGUCAAUAGACUACGAGUCGGCCGCGUCGAGGGAGCAGUUUGGUGCGUGGGAUCCUAAGACGCUUCUUACGCCCUUCUAUGACAAGUGGUGCAGCGCGACGGCCACGCCGGAGUUUGUCGUCGACGACGUCUGGUGCGGCAUGGUGGCCACGCUGGGGUUCGGCGCUGAGGCGACGGCGGAGUUGACGCAGUUCUGGAUCAGCACCCUGAAGGACGUGUACAAGGGCGACGAGGGGAGGAAGAAGCUCAGGAUGGCGCUCGCCUGCCUGCUGGACAGGGACGGGCUCUGCCGCAGGGUUCGGGACAUCACCUGCCCUGUGCAUUGGCUUCAGGGGACGGAGGAUGCGCCUUUUGGCACGAAACUCCCGGCGGAACACAUCAAGCUGUUCACUUCGUCCAAGGAGGCCAAGUUCACUAUCAUUGAAGGAGGCAAUCACUACCUGAACGCGACUAAUCCGAAGGAGGUUGGCUUCUACUUGUCGCAGAUGGUCAACAAGCACAGCACAAGGUGAAAUAAGCCUCACAUCAUCAAUCUAAUCCUAACCGUCAUACUAUGAUUCUGUGACCGAUCAUCCCCCUAAUUACUGGUGAACCUAUACAUAGAUCGAAAUAUAGAGCAAACUACACGUGUAUUCGAGAAUAACAAUCUCUGCUUCAACUUCAACCC